UCCUCCAGUAUGACAUAAUAAUUUGCUGUGUCCUUCUCCGCAGCGCCCAGUAACACUGUUACUGGCAACUUACUCCUUACUUUUCCCCUUGACCAGAUUAAACCAUCUAACAUGAAGGUCCGCCAAUACUGCUGCUGCGCUAUUCCAAUCGUUAAUGCAGGAAUAUACGCUGCUUUGACCGAGCAACUAGUAGCUGCUGUUUUGAUCGGUGUCUUGUCUUUUGCCACCCCUUCAAUUGUUGGUGCGGCAACACCGUCAUUCGCUCCAUUGCUCUUGGGGAUCGUUUGCUUGGUAGCAGGCGCCGUACAGUUUCUUGGUUUCUUGGGGGUUGCAAGCGAAAAGCCAAUACUCUUUCGACGAUAUGUCACACUUCAUGGCUUGGCCGUUGUAGCUGCGUUCGCUUUGGCCGCUGCAUGGGUCAUAAUAUCUGCGUCAAAACAUUCAACUGCGGAAUCCAAUUGCAUCGCAGAUUUCUUCAAUACCACCGACUCGACCGAACAAUCCGAGGGCAAUACUCUUUGUAACAUCUUCCCCUGGGUUGAUAUCGGCAUCAUGGCUGGAAUAUGGGUUUGGCUCGCUAUCAUGCAUAUCUAUCUUUAUGUUGUUAUUAGUUCCUACAGUUCUGCACAACAGCAAGACCACAUCAAAUAUGAUGCGCUGAACGACCCUACCAACCCUUUGAAUGGUGAAGGCAUUCCUAUGAACAGCCGCGACCCAUGGGACGCGAGAACUUCCACUGAUUAUCCCGGAGGAUACACCCAUGGACGCCAGGCAAGUGCUUCGAGCAUGAACGAUGUCAUGAAUCAACCUGUUCGUCAACCAAGAGACGGAUUUUCAUAUUCUGACGCUGCUGCUCCAUACGUUCCGCAGCCCAACUACGAAGGUUCUUUGUCACAUCCUAAUAAUGCCUACACCCAAGAUCCUGGUCCUACCCCGAAGUUCAAUGAUCCUUAUUACGAUGAUUCGUCAGACUUGAAUCGCCCAUCACAAGCCCAGGCCCAUCCUGGUGAGUUUUAGUUAUAUUGUGGAGGCAGUCCCGAUUGGGCGACGCAUGGGCGUUCAUGAGGGCUGAGGGAAGUUUUGGCCGCAAGACCCCACGCUUGACGAAACCAACCUAUAAUAUGUGAUUUGAGAGGUGGAUUUUUGCUGUAUCAUACUUACUGCUGGACAUUUAUUAUCCUAUCAUCUCAAGCAAUUAUAAGCUACCGAACUAUUGAUCGUGUUA